UAAAGCGGGUAGCAGCUAGGUUUAAAGCAAGUAUACAGUGUACACUGUACAGACUGCGUUCACUGCAAAGAGACACAACCCAUCCUAAUUUGCUGGCGAAUUCAGUAUGCCAGUUGUCCUCUUCAGGUAGAUUUUUCCAGCGAGGACACCAGAAAAAUGCAUUUCAGCCUAGUACUGGCAAUUUUCAGCCUUCUGUGGCCCUGUGUGGUGGCAAAGAUGGAUACUUGUGUGUGGGCUGUGAAAUUGUGUGAACUGAGGGACCCACUAACGUCUCCAUAUCUGUGCAAUAUGAACUUGGACGUCAUGAGCAACUCUGGUGGCAUGGAGAAGCAGAAACUUAGCCUCACAGUGAACCCAGUUAUCAAGUCUCUUACUGACCAACCUGUUGACACAGAACACACUACUUACUAUGGAUUCCCCUACUAUCUAAGGAUAAACCUAAACUGCGGGGACAAACGAGUAUCUGUGACAGCCAUGCGGAAAGCCUUGUUCAUUGGUCUGAACCCCUCUCUGAUCCUGUCCAUUGUGGAGCCAGUGCAUCCAACCCUCCUGAAGCCACAGAGGCUGAACAUCAUCAUGACCUCAGCACCCCUGCAUGAUGACGUGCCAUGCGAUAGUGAACUCUGUCAAUUUGGUUGGUACGUUCCCAUGCCCAUCGUAAAUGGCUCAGUGGUCUACAGGGUGAAAGUCAUGUCCAAUGGUCAGGGCUUCAUUGUUAAAAUGUUAACAAAAUUAGUAUGGGGCACAUAA